UUACACAGGUUCAUUAAGCCAAGCCAACCCAAAUGUAUGGGUUUGUCAAAGUCAUGUUUUAGGCCUCUCACUCCAACCCCUCUUCGCUUUCUCUCCACAAACACCUCCAAAACUCCAAACGAAUUCACCAACCUCUGCUCCAAAGGCCGCCUCAAAGAAGCAUUCGAAUCAUUCACAUCAGAGAUUUGGUCCGACCCAUCUCUCUUCUCUCACCUCCUCCAACGAUGCAUUCAUACCCAAUCUCUCUCACUCCUCAAACACCUCCAUUCUCUGAUCAUCACAUCUGGGUCUUCCUCAGAAAAGUUCGUCUCCAACCACCUACUCAACGCCUAUGCCAAAAUCGGAGAACUUUCAACCGCCGUUACACUGUUCGACGUAAUGCCCAGGAAGAACAUCAUGUCUUGCAACAUUUUGAUUGGUGGGUUCAUUCAGAAUGGUGAUUUAGAGAGUGCACGUCAGGUGUUUGAUGAAAUGCCGGAACGAAAUGUUGCGACGUGGAAUGCGAUGGUUGCGGGUAUGACCCAGUUUGAGUUUAACGAGGAGGGGUUGAGUUUGUUUUCCCAAAUGCAUGGUUUGGGCUUUAUGUUGGAUGAGUUCACUCUGGGUAGUGUUCUUCGAGGUUGUGCGGGUUUGAAAGAUUUGAAUGCGGGCAGGCAGGUUCAUGGGUAUGUGGUGAAAUCUGGGUUUGAGUUCAAUUUAGUUGUUGGGAGUUCUUUGGCUCACAUGUACAUGAAGUCUGGAAGUUUGGGAGAAGGAGAGAGAGUGAUCAAAGCAAUGCCAAUUCGCAAUGUGGUUGCUUGCAACACGCUUAUUGCGGGUAGAGCUCAAAACUGGUUUUCUGAGGGUGCUUUGGAUCAGUAUAAUAUGAUGAAAAUGGCAGGUUUUAGGCCUGACAAGAUUACGUUUGUGAGUGUAAUCAGUUCAUGUUCGGAGUUAGCAACACUUGGACAAGGCCAACAGAUUCAUGCAGAGGCAAUAAAAACUGGUGCAAGUACUGUUGUUGGUGUUAUUAGUUCACUGAUUAGUAUGUACUCUAGAUGUGGGUGUUUGGAUGAAUCUGUAAAAGCUUUCUUGGAAAGGGAAGAAGCCGAUGUGGUCUUGUGGACUUCAAUGAUUGCUGCAUAUGGGUUCCAUGGGAAGGGAGAGGAAGCCAUCGAGCUGUUUAAUCGGAUGGAUCAAGUAGGGUUGGAUGCAAAUGACGUUACUUUUUUAAGCUUGCUUUAUGCUUGUAGUCAUUGUGGAUUGAAAGAUAAAGGACUUCAAUUCUUUAAUUUGAUGAUAGAAAAGUAUGGAUUGGAGCCUCGGCUAGAACAUUAUACAUGUGUGGUUGAUCUGCUUGGGCGGUCUGGCCGUUUGGAGGAGGCAGAAGGUUUUAUAAGAACUAUGCCUGUAAAGAAAGAUGCUAUUAUAUGGAAGACUUUAUUAUCUGCCUGUAAAAUUCAUAAAAACGCAGAUAUUGCUAAAAGGAUUGCUGAAGAAGUUCUUAGGCUUGAUCCUCAGGAUUCAGCUCCUUAUGUGAAUCUGUGUCUCCUCAUCCUCACUAAUCGAAAGGUUAGCAAGUAG